AUGCUCGCGGUGGAUCGAGGACACUAUGCACCCAAGAAUCCGUACACCGAUGCUCCGCAGCCUAUCGGGUACCAGGCCACAAUCAGUGCACCUCACAUGCACGCACACGCUUUGGAGUUGCUCGCCAAGCACCUCCAGCCUGGUAUGCGCGCCCUGGAUGUUGGCAGCGGCAGCGGGUACCUGGCGGCGGUGAUGGCGCGAAUGGUAGGGGCGGAGGAGAGUGAAGGAGGAAAGGUGGUUGGCAUCGAUUACCUGUCCCCUUUGGUGGAACUUGCCGUGGAGAACAUCAUGAAGGCAGAUGCAGAUCUGCUGGAGAGUGGGCUGCUUCAGCUCGAGCAGGGGGACGGAUGGCAAGGCUACGAGAAGGCCAUGCCCUUCGAUUGCAUCCAUGUUGGGGCAGCAGCUGAGUCUGUUCCUGAAGCUUUGCUCGAACAGCUGAAGCCUGGAGGUCGAAUGGUGAUCCCUGUCGGCACCACAUCGCAGCAGUUCUGCCAGAUUGACCGCUUGCCGAAUGGCAACUUCGAGCAGAAGAGCCUGAUGGGAGUCAUGUACGUGCCCUUAGUACACCCUUCGCCACGGAUUUGA